UUACAACGACCUUAGGGACAAAAAACAAAUACAAAACUUAUUACGGAGUAAUAAGCUCCAAUGAGAUAUAACCAGUUUUCAAUGCUUUUACGUCUCUCUCGGUCUCAAAUCUUGCAUCUAAAAAUCUCCCUGAAUUGCACAAUCAAUCAACUAACAUCGAGCGGGCGGGUCUCUCAUUUUCCGUUUAACAUUUCUCUUUGAUCGCCAUGAAUCCUGAGUAUGAUUAUUUGUUCAAACUUUUGCUAAUUGGAGAUUCUGGUGUUGGGAAAUCAUGUCUUCUUCUGAGAUUUUCUGAUGACACAUACAUGGAGAGCUAUAUAAGCACCAUUGGAGUUGACUUUAAAAUCCGCACUGUGGAGCAAGAUGGGAAAACUCUGAAGCUUCAAAUUUGGGAUACUGCCGGACAAGAACGAUUUAGGACUAUUACUAGCAGCUACUAUCGCGGAGCUCAUGGCAUAAUUGUUGUAUAUGAUGUCACGGAUGAGGAAAGCUUCAAGAAUGUGAAGCAAUGGCUAAAUGAAAUUGAUCGAUAUGCCAGUGACAAUGUCAACAAACUUCUUGUUGGUAACAAAUGUGAUCUUGCAGAUAAGAGAGCAGUGCCAUAUGAGACAGCUAAGGCAUUUGCUGAUGAAAUAGGUAUUCCUUUUUUGGAAACUAGCGCAAAAAAUGCUACUAAUGUAGAGAGUGCUUUUAUGGCUAUGUCUGCUGCAAUUAAGGAAAGGAUGGCAAGCCAGCCAGCAAACGCGUCGAAGCCUCCAACUGUUAAUAUGAAAGGGCAGCCAGUUGCACAGAACAGUGGUUGCUGCUCUUCCUAAGGGCAGUAUACCCUUCUAGUUUGAUCAGUUAUUGUGUUGCAAUGUCGACUAAUUGAAUCUCUCCCAACUUCAAGUCUUUGUUAAUUCUUCAACAUUUGUUGCUUCAAUGUUAUAUGUAUUCUCAGUUAAUAUUGAAAUAUUGCAAAACAAUAAUAAUGGUAGGGAUUACAUACUUGUAUGACACAAUUGUCUUUCUUUAACAUCAGCAGGCACCCCUUGUCUCAUAUUCUAGAGUGCCAUACGGUUGUCUGUAAUGGUAAAGUCACUGACGGUUGUCUGUUAGUAACAUUUUGGACCUAGGUGGUGCUACCUAGGGUCCAAAAUAAAAAGAUGGUUCAAAUACAUAUACUCGGUGAAAUUUGAGUUGUGUGUAAUGCACUGAAAUACAAGAAUAUCA